UAGUUGUCUAGUUCUCAUGAUGGCCGGGAUCCCUUUUUGGUCUUGCCCGCCGGCUUUUCUUUCCUUUUGACCCUCUUGACCCUCUUCGUCCUCUUCCUCAUCUGUACUUCUUCCCUUCUCCCAUCGUCAGGCCGUUAAUCUCGCCUGUGGGUGGUGGUGUUCGCUCACUUUCAGUCAUUCUUUUUUAAUACUCACCCCAGUCUUUCGUUCUGUGACCUGCGGUUUUCACCUGCAGCGUCAAUCUCGCUCUCUACCUGACUGAACGCCAUUCUAAUACAGAAAAUAUACUAUAUAACAAAAAGACUUAGUCAAAAAUGAAGCUCACUAUCGCAUCAUCUGCACUUCUCGGGCUCAUUGCCACCGUCGAAGCUGCAAAACAUGGUUACGGACACGCGCACAAUCACCAUCGCGAUGUCCACUCCGUCGCAGAAGUGGGAGUGCCUCUGGAGAAGAGAGGAGGAAGUUGUGAAUUUCCCAAGGAUGCCGGCUUGGUGGCCGUCACCCCGAAUAUGAAGAACGCCGGCUGGGCCAUGAGCCCGGACCAACCUUGUAAGCCGGGUAAUUACUGCCCAUACGCUUGCCCUCCUGGACAGGUGUCGAUGCAGUGGGAUCCUAAGGCUACUUCGUAUAGUUAUCCUAUGUCUAUGAACGGCGGUCUCUACUGUGACGAAGAUGGCAAGAUCCAGAAGCCAUUCCCUGAUAUGCCCUACUGUCAGGAUGGUACCGGCGCUGUCGGCGCGCGCAACAAAUGUAAAGAGCAAGUCUCGUUUUGCCAGACCGUCUUGCCCGGCAAUGAGGCUAUGCUGAUCCCGACCCUGGUCGAGGAUCUGGCUACACUCGCUGUACCGGACCCUAGCUAUUGGUGUGAGACUGCCGCGCAUUUCUAUAUCAAUCCUCCCGGCUACGGACCCGAGACCGCUUGUGUCUGGGGUACAUCGUCCAACCCCUACGGGAACUGGUCACCAUUUGUUGCCGGUGCCAACACCGACGGCGACGGAAACACUUUCGUUAAGAUUGGUUGGAACCCGAUCUACCUAGAGCCGGCUACUCCGUUCCGCGAUGUGGUGCCCGACUUUGGAGUUGAAAUCGAGUGCGAGGGUGAUGGCUGCAAUGGCCUGCCCUGCAAGAUCGAUCCCGCUGUCAAUGAUGUCAAUGAGGUUACCGGUGGCUCUUCAAAGGGUGCCGGUGGCGGUGCGUUUUGUGUGGUGACGGUGCCCAAGGGCGAGAAGGCCAAUAUCGUUGUAUUUGACAAGAGUGGUGGUGACAGUGGUUCUUCAUUCACGACCUCUUCCACCAGUUCGAGUACUUUUAGUAAGAGUAGUUCCUCCACUGUGGAGUCUAGCAGCAGCACAAGCACCACUACCAGCUCGACAGCCUCAUCCACUACGCCUACCUCCACGUCGGUGUCUGAAACAAGCACUAUUUCCAACACCCCAACCCCAACGGCCACUUCAUCCCUCAUAUCGACGUCCCAGCCAACACCUAGCGUGACUCCUUCAUCCGGCUGGGGUUCCAGCUCGACCAUGGUCUUUAGCAGCUUGCCUAGCUACACCCAAAGCCCUCAAGCGCUAGUUGAGACCGAUGUCAAGUCGUACGCGGUGGCCACUGACAAAGCUGAUGAACCUGCGGCAUCGUCUGCCUCUCCGACCCAGGACCAUAAGGAUAAUGCGGCACCCGCUACUGGCGCAUCAAUGCUGAGCUUAGUUAUUGGUCUCAUUGCCGCUAUGGCGCUUUAAAAGCCAGGAAAGACGGCAUUUCACUUCACAAUUUCUACAUUCUUAUUCUUAUUAUUACUUUUAUUACCUUCAUUACUCCGGGAUACCCGCUUACGAUUUGAUGCUUCUGUAUCUUUAUUUUUAUUGACUGAUUGACUGAUUGUACAUGAUUCGCUUUUCAGCACUUCAUACGAUUGAUGGGUGGAUACUUUUUAUAUUCUGAGUGGGAAUUUAUACUUCUCUAAUGUGCAAUAAUACUAUUGUAUACCUUUCUUUUCCGAUAUUGUCUAAAGUAGUGAGUUCUGAAAUUCAGAGUUAAUCACUGAAUCUGGGAAUAUUCCUACAAACAGC